AUGGAGCUUUGGUGUGAGCCUCCGGCCGGCAGGCGCGGCCCCUCACCCCCUGGGACGUCUACCCUGGCCCUGGCCCUUGCCUCCGCCAGCCUCCUGCUGCUGCUGCGGCCCCUGGGUUGCUUGGGCGCUGGCGACGCGCUGGGGGCACUGUCCACGGAUGUCCCCGACGGCCUGGAUGCCCUAUGUGCCCCCAGCGCCACCUGUCCCUCGGGCAGACGUCGCUUACCCCGGCAGGUCACUGGUAGUAGCCAGCCGCUCAGUACUGCGCAGUACGCUGCUUCAAAAACCCCCGACAGCGAGUUCGUUCCCCCCUGUGGAUUCUCCUAUGAGCGUGACCCCACCCUCAGGGAUCCGGAGUCCAUGGCUCGGCGGUGGCCAUGGAUGGUCAGUGUGCGGGCCAAUGGCACACACAUUUGUGCAGGAACCCUCAUUGCCUCCGAGUGGGUGCUGACUGCGGCCCACUGCUUGACCCAGAGCGACAUUACCUUUUCAGUGCGGGUGGGGAGUCCAUGGAUUGACCAGGUAACGAAGACUACCAUCGACACCCUGGCGGAAGAGGUCAUCGUGCACAGCCGUUAUCGAGCCCAUCGGUACUGGUCCUGGAUUGGCCGGGCCAACGACAUCGCCCUCCUCAACCUUGAGCGGCCCCUGCAGUACAGCAAGUACGUCUGGCCCAUCUGCCUGCCUGGCUUGGACUACUCACUGAAGGACUACUCCCUCUGCACCGUGACGGGCUGGGGAGCGCCCCGGGCUGAUGGUGAAUGGCCCCAAUUUCGAACCAUCCAGGAGAAGGAAGUCACCAUCCUGAACAGCACAGAGUGUGACAGCCUCUACCACAGCUUCUCCAAAAUCCCCUCUCUGAUUCAGAUCAUCAACUCCCAGAUGAUUUGUGCAAAGGACGUCGACAGGCAAAAAUUCUGCUACGAGAUAAGUGCUGAGCCCUUGGCCUGUCCUGUGCAGAAUAUAUGGCACCUGGUGGGAGUGGUGAGCUGGGGCCCAGGCUGCAAGAAGAACGAGGCUCCACCUAUCUACGUCCACAUCUCCUCCUACCAACAGUGGAUCUGGGACCGCAUUAACAGGCAGACUCUGCCAGCCCCAUCCCAGGCCCUGCUCCUGGCACUCCUAGUGCUCCUCAGCUUCCUUGCUGCCCUCUGA